UAUUAUGAGUUAUUAGGGUUUAUAUUUCUCUUCAACAAACCCACCACUGCCUUCCACUUCUCGGUGGCCCCACGGUCCAGCUCCGGCACACGUUUGUCACUCCACCACCACCAUUGUGUUCCCUUCUUUCUCCUCUUUAAAAGCCAUAUAUUUAUUAUUUAGGACUGUGAAGUUGAAUUUUUGGACCGCAGCCUUUGAAGCCUGUUUCCGGCCACCUCAAAUCCAACCACAAAAAAACCGUAUGAUAUUCCAUUUCUAUGUGACGAGAUAUUUCUGUUGAUCAAAUUUGUUUUAAUUUCUGGACACUUUCACCGGCAACCACUGCGCCGGAAAUCACCCCCACCGCGUCGGAGUUUGGAUUACCCAUAUUAUUUUAUUUAUUUCAUGACAGACGGAGAGAGAGCUAUGGGUUCGUCCCCUUCACCAGACAUUUACAUCCCAGAGCAAUGGUCGCAGGCUGCAGAGUCCAUUGCUUCAAGUUCAACACCUACUAUCACACUCAUAUGUGGAGCAAAGAACUGUGGCAAGACAACCUUCUCCCGCUAUCUCCUAAAUGUACUAUUGACCAAAUUUAAGAGAGUAGCUUAUCUCGAUACCGAUGUUGGUCAACCUGAGUUUACUCCUCCUGCUUUUGUGUCUCUCACCGUCGUUCGUAAAAUAACUCCAGAUUUGACAAUUCCAUGCCUGAAAACACCAGAGAGAUGCCUUUUCUUUGGCGAUGUUUCUUCUAAGAGAGAUCCAUCAGCAUACUUAAAUUACAUCUUCUCCAUAUAUGAUUAUUAUCAAAAGGAGUAUUACACUCUUGCUAAGAGAGAAAAAUCUUCUAGGACUGUGGUUCCUCUUGUAGUGAAUACACCAGGUUGGGUUAAAGGUGUUGGUUAUGACGUAUUAGUGGAUAUGUUAAAACAUAUUUGUCCCACACAUAUAGUUAAGAUAGGUAUAUCCACUGAAAACAAAAAUUUACCUGCCGGAAAAUUCUGGUUAGAUGGGAAACAUGAUGAAACAAUGAACUUGAUCGAGAUAAAUUCAGCUCGUCAGGACUCAUUAAAUAGAUCGGUACUUGUUCAAAAGGAUGCUCAUCUCCUGCGUGAUUUACGAAUAAUGGCUUAUUUCAGACAGUGCUUUCCUAACGAUUCAGAUAUUUCAACUAUCAAGGAACUUGCACAUUCCUUGACCUCUCACUGUCCUUAUCAAGUUCCCAUUGCAAGCGUAAAGAUUCGACAUGUUCAUCGUGAGGUCCCAAGCUCUGAAAUAUUCUACAGCCUGAAUGCUAGUAUUGUUGGCUUAGCAGUUGAAUCUGAAGGACCUAAAAAUUUACCCUGGUGCCUUGGUCUUGGCAUUGUGAGGGGUAUUGACACAGUCAAAGGCAUGCUCUAUGUGAUUACACCUGUGCCAUUUAAUGCUCUGAAAAAAGUCAACCUCUUGCUACAGGGUUAUAUCCAAAUUCCUACUUGUUUAUUGCAGGUCCAGGGAUGCAUAUCACCUUACAUGUCAGAGAAUGUAUUGUAGUUACAUGUCAGAGAAUGUAUUGACUAAGCUAAUUAUUUUUUACGAGUUAGCAAAGAGAACAGAAUCAUUAUAGUUACAUAGGGUAGUAGUCAACCCUUUAUUAUAAUUAUUAUAAAUUAUAAAUAAUACAUACUUCUCUUUUUCAUGGAAUCAGUACACGGAUAAUAAUUUGUGUCUACUAGUA